AUGUCCAGAUUGACUAGUUGUGGCCCACUCAUGAUGCGGGUUGCUGUGAUUGGGCUUCUCAUCAGCACCACCUUUGCCAAAAAAUCGCAUCGCUUGUAUGACUACAUCAUCGUGGGAGGUGGAGCGGCAGGUGCGGUGUUGGCAAAUCGUCUCUCAGAGUCUGGCAAGCAGUCUGUGCUCCUCCUCAAUGUGGCUGGGACACCGCCAGAUGCCUACAAUGGGCCAGUGCUGUUGAGUGAUGAGUUUAUUGUCAAGAAGAACUUGACAGCAACCCAAGGGCUGCAGCUUCAGAUCAUUCAACCGGGCUACUCUGCGAAAGCUUUCCCAGUGAGCAAGACAGGCUCGUCACCUGCGCGCUGGUUGGGGGGGAGCACAUUGCCAGGUCUGUCGCUUUACCUCAAGGAUCACCCAGAAAUUCUGGAUGAAUGGGGAGAUGGGUGGAACUGGACAGAGAUGCGUGAUUAUUUCGACAAGUGUUGCGGCGAUUAUGGCGCAUCGGGUGUCUACCACAUCUCCAAGGAGCCCGCCUACACACAUCCGCUAACCAAUGACUUCAUUGCAGCUGCCGAAGCUGCUGGGUUCCCCAAGGGAGAUUUGAACACCCUUCAUGGCAAGGCCGUCGGUCUCCCAGCAACCACUCAGUACGAGGAUGGGACCAAGGUGCAUGCCUACAAUGCCUAUUUGUAUCCAGCACUUGGACGCCCGAACUUGAAGGUUUUGGAUGGGGCUCGUGCAGACAGGCUCCUCAUGGACCGCGACCGUUGCAAAGGGGUUGUAUAUCGAGAAUUGGCCACCAAGACCGACCAUGUGAUUUAUGCAAAUCGAGAGGUGGUCUUGUCUGCAGGAUAUGUUUACACGCCUCGUCUCCUGUUCCUCUCGGGCAUGGGGCCAAAAAGGGAAUUGGAUGCAGUCGGCUUGCCAGUGCUGCAUGACCUCCCAGCCAUGGGCAAGCAUGUCACGUCUGCACGAUACAGCCCUUUGUCGUGGCGGACAGACAAGCCAAGUCUGACCCACAUGCUUGGCCCACCCAUCUCUCCGAUUGCUAGUCAGUUGCCUGAUGCCUACCAAAGCACCGGUCAGGAAGCUUUCGCCCGCUAUCGUUCUACCUUCAGCUCUAUGAAGCGGCCUCUAGAGAACCGAUCCGAUGUGGUUUUCAGCUUUUUGCCAAUGUACCAGGCAUUGGAAUCUGCACCUUUACAGUUUUCGCUGCAGGGCGAACCAUGGCCUUUGCAGACCAAUGGCUACACCAUCCUGGUGACUUUGGGCGAGACCGAAGCAGAUGGUGAGAUCACCUUCCCAAGUGCUUCACCGGAUGUGAGCCCCGUACUCACCCACCGACCUCUCACAGAUGAGGAUUGGAAGUUGGCAGAAGAGGCUGUUACCUAUGCCAUGACGGUGUGGAACAACUCAGCUUUGGGAGGAACCUUCAUCGGCAACGGCGCGGGCCGCCGCAAUGCGUUCUCUGCCGUUUAUGACGGCCGUGGCUCCUGCCGCAUGGGCCCAGACAGAAGCGACUCUGUGGUGGACUUCAAUCUCCGGGUACACGGCGUUCAGGGUCUUCGCAUUGCGGAUGGCUCUGUGAUCCCCCGACCUUCGCCCUACUUUGCAUUGCCGGAGGUCCUCGCGCUGGCAGAGCGGGCAGCUGACCUUAUCCUCAAGACAGAGCGGCAUGAAGUGGAGACUCAGAAUCACAGGGUUGAGAUGGAUCGGAAGAAGCCGGCUUUGGAGACAAUCUCCAUUGAACGGCUCAAGCAGGAAUGUGGCAAGUCAGCAUCUCUCUAUGAAAUGCUCACCUGGCUUGAGGCCCAUCACUCAGCAACAGAACCUGCAAAAUAG